UCACAGUUUUAAGAAGAUGACUUCUGCUUUUAAGAAGUCAUUCUUUAAUAAGACAGCAGCUGGGGUUUUAUAAAUCUCAUUAGUCAACUUUCUGAUUAGACAGCGCAGUCUGCAACAGCCAUGUUCUUCACAGAAGCUGAAUGUUUGUUCUGGGUUUUUGUUCUCCAUCUCUCAGGUGUUCAGGGAAAACCAAACAGCAUCUGUGCCUUGAAAGGUUCAUCAGUAAAUCUGUCCUGCUCACAUCAACAUCCAACUUCAAGCAUGAACUGGUACAGUGUAUACAGGGGGGGCUUGAAGAUUGAGACCUCUGCAGAUGGAAAGUACAGCAUGUCAGCAGAGAGUAACUUGACUCUGACAGUCAACAAUCUAGCAGAGAAUGAUGCAAACAUUUACUGCUGCAGAGAACCUGCUGACAAAUCAGACUGCGGCCAAAGGGGAAUUUCUCUCAGUGUUGCAGAGCUGCAGGUAAAGGUGAUUCCUGCCACAGAGGGACAGACAGUAACACUGAUGUGCAGCAGCAGCUGUCCUCUGACUGAAAAGCGUGCAGCCUACAUCUGGUACAAGAACAGAGAGUUUCUCUAUGAGGACUGGUCUCCCUGGUACCAAGAGCUGCUCAGCAGUGAGGAAGCAGUCACAUACUCCUGUGCUGUCAAAGGCUAUGAGGAUCUCAGAGCCCCUGAAGUCUCUGUGGAUUCCAUCACAUCAACAUGCUUCAAUGUGACUUACACUAAAAGCGAAAUGUGUCCUUAUCAUCCGGCAUCAGAACAUGAGCCUUGUUCCAUCACAUUUCCCAGAGUGGUACAUGUUGUAAGGACACCUGGGAACACACUGACCUGUAGCACCUCAUGUCCUCUGAUCGACCCUCAAACUGUCUAUGUGUGGUAUGAAAAUGGAAAACUUUAUAGGGAAAAUAUAAGGAGCAUUUCAACUCCAAGUUCUUUGGAAAACAACCUUUACUGUGUAAUUAAAGGUCACGAGCAUCUUCAAUCUGAUGAAGUCUGUGUUCAGGAUAAAAACUGCUGGAGAGUGAAUUAUGUCAGCAGGAGAAUCUGUGCUCUGGAAGGAUCUUCAGUCAACAUUAUUAGUAAAUACUCACAUCCUGAUGACAUGAAACCAGAGUUUAAAUUAUGGAUUAAAAAAUGGAGAACAGGUGAUAAGGAACGGAUUGAGCCUUCAGGUCGUGUGGAGUAUCAGGACAACGUGAAGAACCAACACAUCCUGACCAUCAAAAACCUGACGAAGAAUGACUCAGGAGAAUAUACAUUCAUCCUGAAACAACAUGAUAAAGAACUGAAACUGCCUGGAGUCUUUUUGAUUGUCACAGAGCUGAGAGUGAAGAUGAGUCCUUCUGCAGUGGUGACAGAGGGUCAGAGAGUCACACUGACCUGCAGUACCAGCUGUCCUCUGACUGACAACACAAACUACAUUUGGUACUUGAACAGUCGACCUCUGAACAUGACAGAGACACACAACAAACAUCUGCUCCUAGACCCAGUCAGCAGGGAGGAUGCAGGAAGCUACUCCUGUGCUGUGAAAACCAACAAAGAUAUCAGCUCUGCUCCAAAGACUCUCACUGUCCAAAGUAUCACAGGAACAUGGACACCAGCAGCUGCAGGAGUUUCUGCUGCUCUGCUCCUUUUAAUACCUCUCUCUGUCUUCUGGUGUGUUAGAAAAAAGAGGAUUUCUAACCAGCCUUCAAGAACUGAAACAUUAGGCAACAAACAGCAGAUUUUUCCUAAUUUCAUAAAUGAAAACGUUCCAGCUGAAUCGGAGGAGCAGGAUGGUCAUCACUAUGUCAGGCUGCAUUUCAGUUUGAAAAACAACACUGACCUCUACUCAACCAUCGAGUUAUCGCCUGCUAAAAUGACAACAACUUCCAGUCACUUUCCAAGAAGUGAAACAUCAGACAAUGAAGAGCAGAAAAAAGAAGGCUUCCAGUCAUUCUCCAAAGAGUGAAAUAUCAGACAACAAACAGCAGGUCAGCCUUAAUCCCAUAUAUGGAAACAACCCAGCUCAGCACAGCAGGAUGCUUGACACCAUGAACCACGAAGCUCAUCUCUAUGCCAAUGAAGUUGAUCUCUAUUCCAAUGAAGUUGAUCUCUAUUCCAAUGGCGCUAGUCUCUACUGUAACCUCUAAUAUUGAGUCAUUACCUACAAGAAAAGCACCACAGUUGAUGAGUCCAGAGUGUUAAACAAUCACAGUCUAUAGUAGAAAUAUAAGGUAAAAUACAGUAGAAAUUAGUAAAAAAGUAAAAAUGCAUAGGGUUUUCAACUUAAAGAUAGCCUACGAUAUUACGUGUUGCAAAAAACCUGGAAAGUGCAUCACAACAUAAAAAUGCUAUUGUUAACUUUGUCAGAGACGCCAGCUGUACUACUUUGUGUGCUUUGUGUUGCUUUGUGAAUUUAUAACAUUAUCUGGAAAGUGACUGUAAAACUGAACUUUAAAGUCAUCGUGUCUGCAGGUUUCUUUUUUUCUGAAUCAUA